UUCUGCUUUGGUUCCCUUAAGAGAAUGUGCGGAGUCGUCGGUGGUUCGCGAUUUUGUUAUUUGUGAAUCAAUUUUAUUUUAUUUUGAUUUUAAUAAGGAGCACGAAUUUUAAAGUUAAUUGUUGUUCUGUUUAAAGUCGUGAGUAAUUGCGUAUGAUUUGUUAUAGUUAGGUUUUAAAAGUAACACUAUUAAAAAAGUUAAACAUAAAUAAAAAAAUCGUCUUGCGCAAACUUCACCUCUUUCCCUUUCCGUUUAAUUGCGUUUGUGCGUUCCCGUGGUAGACAAAGAAAAAGCUAAGAAUAUCGUAAAACAAAAAGCUCCAAACAAAAGAUUUCCAAUAAGAUUUUAUGUUGUGUGUUAUGUUUCUUAAUUUUCUAACAGCAUUUAAUUUUCAAAAUUCACUUAAACUUACAAAAAAGUGUGAAGCAAAUAAAUUUUAAUUUCAUGUGUUUGUUAUCAUUUAAAUUUCUACGCUAAAAUAUAAAAAGAAAAAACAAAAUUUUAACACUGUCAACAACAACAAAAACGUAUCAAAAACAUCGGCUGCACCCCUCAUACCCGGCGCUCGUUCACAAAUAUUGUUUUCGUUUGUUUCAUAAAUUUUUUUUGAAUUAAUGAAAACCUGUUUAAUUGAAUAAAAAUAUUUAUGUAGAACUUUUGAAAUUUUAUAAAUUCACAAAAUUAAUAAAAGCAGUUAAAUACUGAAAAAAAAUUGCUUAACCCUUUAACCCGCAAUUUCCUGCAUUUAAUUUAUAUAAUGUUCGCAUUUUUUUAAUAAUAAUAAACAAACAACAAAACGCAGCUUAAAACUUUUCACAAAGGCAGAAAAGCAAGAAGCACGCAGGAAGUGAUGUCACCACAUUUGCGUGCAGCAGCAGCAGCUUCUUAGUCCGCAUCCAUACUAUUGUGGCGCAAAUUGUUUUUGUUAUAAGUCAAGUUCUUCUGCUUCUGCUUAUGCUUCCUCUUCUACUUGUGAGUGUGAUAGUGUUACUCAACCAACGAAUCCAAUUCAAAGUGAAACAACAACUACUCACAUCCUGGCUCCCCUUUAGCUCACACCUCGCUGUAGUGCCACUAGAGUUUGAAGGCAGACAUACGAAAAAACCAACAAAAAAAUGUCACAGCUCCGCUGGAGUUUCGCCGUGGCUCCUCUUUUGCAGUGGCUGACUUUGUUGUGUUUGUUCAACAUAUGCGCGCAAUAUUGGCACUUCUCUGGAGCUGGUGCGGCUGCCACAGCUGUUGACAUCGAUAGCAACAAUUUGAACUUAAAAUCAAAAGCUUCACAUGCAUCUUUUACACAUGGUGGAAGCAACAUUUUUCCUGCCCUUAAUGAGUUUUCUUCUCACACUGUGAUACGUCCACAAAUUCAUCACGGCAUACACAAAAGAGCCUUACGUAGCACAUUGGAAGCAGAGAUUGGUCUACAUGUGCCUCAUAUAACCCUUUCCUAUUACCAUGAAGGUCAGCGCGUUUAUAUUGACCUUAAGCGCAACGACGAACUACUGCCAGAAGAACAUUUUCUACGCUACCAGAAUUCGAAAACGCAAACAGGAUAUGUUGUAAAAAAUUUCACAAAGACUGAAAUGGAGCUGUGCCAUUAUCAGGGCACGAUACGUGGCCAACCUGAUUCAAAUGUUGCCGUUUCCACUUGCAACGGCGGCAUCAAUGGUAUCGUUUUCGAUGGCAUUGACACAUAUUUCAUACACUCAGGCAGUGACGGACUCUUAGAGGAGCAGCAUUUUUUAUUAAAACAUUCGGAUUUGUUUAACAAAAAUGCCACUUGUGGCUAUGGAAGUAACGCUGAUAACCAUGUUCAUGUGUUCGAAACUGAGCACUUAAACGCCGGUAGUGGUGUUCAAGUACCAAACCGUAUUGAUGGUUCGGAAUUUAAUCGUAUUUUAAGGUAUAAAAGGUCAUACGAUGAUAACAACGUCAUAAGGGGGCCUUAUAACGCUAAUAAGCACUCUUCCUACGUGGAGCUAGUGAUCGUUGUGGACAAUAAAGUUUAUAAAUUAUUCGGAGAGAAUAUGAAAAAAGUACACCAACACUGCAAGGAGUUGGCCAAUAUUAUAAACGCUCUUUACGUGCCUUUAAAUAUUUUUGUUGCUUUGGUGGGUGUGGUUAUCUGGAAUGAGUCCAAUGAAAUAGAGUUUUCAAGUGACGGCGAUGUAACAUUAAGAAAUUUUCUCAAUUAUCGCCGCACAAAACUGGUGCUAGAUCAUCCCAAUGAUAACGCACAAUUAUUAACCAAAGAGCAGUUCAAUGGCGGUGUUGUAGGAAAAGCGCUUAAAGGUCCUAUUUGUACACAUGAAUACUCUGGUGGUGUCUCUAUGGAGCAUAGUCAAAUCGUUGCGGUUGUUGCUACUACAAUGGCUCAUGAAAUGGGUCACAAUUUUGGCAUGGAGCAUGAUACAUCGGAUUGCAAAUGUCAAGAUGAAAAAUGUAUUAUGUCAGCAUCAAGUACAUCUGUGGUACCUGUGCAUUGGAGUAGCUGUAGUAUUGAUCAGCUAAAUCUUGCCUUUUCGCGUGGCAUGAAUUAUUGCCUUCGCAACAAGCCCACUAAGCUUUUCGAUUCUCCGCAAUGUGGUAACGGUUUCGUAGAACCCGGCGAACAGUGUGAUUGUGGUUUGCCAACCUAUUGCGAAAAUACCUGCUGUGAUCCUUAUACCUGUAUGUUACAUACAAAUGCUUCCUGUGCCACAGGUGAAUGCUGUGACUUAAGUACGUGUCGUCCUAAAAUAGCUGGAACAGGCUGUCGAAAGGCAGAGAACGAUUGCGAUUUGCCCGAAUAUUGUACAGGCGAAUCUGAAUAUUGUCCUAUAGAUGUGUUUAGACGGGAUACAGAAGAAUGUGAUAAUGGUAAAGCAUACUGUUUUCAAGGAAACUGUCGUUCACACACAAAUCAAUGCCGUAUACUUUGGGGUCCAACAGGUGAAAAUUCAGAUUAUUGUUACUUUAAAAAUAAAGAAGGGAAACGAUUUGGAAAUUGUGGUUACAAUCGUCUUAAUAAUACUUUUAUACCGUGUGAACCAGAAAAUGUUGAUUGCGGUAUGCUGCAUUGUAGACAUCUGAAUGAACGCUUAGAGUUUGGCAUGGAAUCGGCGGCUGUAUUAUCUCAUUCGUUUAUUAACGAAGGUGGUAGUAUAGUCCCAUGCCGUACUGCCUUAGUUGAUUUGGGUUUGCAAAGUACUGACCCAGGCCUAACACCGAAUGGUGCUAAAUGCGGAAAUAAUAAAAUGUGUGUUGAUCAAAAGUGCCUAACAGUUUCACAAGUGCUAGCAAAUGGAAUGGGCAAAAAGUGUGCAGAUAAUUGCAAUGGCAAUGGUGUAUGCAACAGUCGUGGUAACUGUCACUGUGAUAUAGGAUUUACUGGUGCUACAUGUCUCUCACCUGGACCAGGUGGCUCUAUUGAUAGCGGUCCAGCGACAAAUCCAAAUAGCCAUGAUGCUUUCCAGCGUUUUAUGUAUAUUUUCUUCUUUGCUGUGAUACCUUUUAUGGCGAUGUUUUGCUUUUUCAUGUACUAUUGCCGUAAUCAUCCAUUUUUCGUUGAUGGCAAGUUGGCGGAAAAUAUUCUUAAAAGUGCUAGUAGCAACAAACAACCACCUCAGCGUAAUCAGCACACUAGUGGUUCUCCGCCGCAGAGCAACACUGGCUUGCCAAAAUCAACACCUAGCAGUACAGACGAUAUGAACUCGGCUUUACUUAAAUCGCCUAGUGAUUCCAAUGAUAUAACUUUGAACAAUGGAAUGUUCGGCAAGUUUAAAGGCUUCACAUUACGACCACUUAAUGAUACAUCAACACCCGUGAAUAAUUUGAAUGGAUCAAAUGUAGCUUAUGUACAGCCUACAAUACAAGAUAACUCGACUGGGGUACCACAGCGUGCAGCACCUCCACCACCUGUCGUAAAAACGCACGAUACACAUAAACUGAAUGGUACUUUAGGUCGUAAAGCACCACCACCGCCAAAUGCUCCAAGUGCACCCGCUCUACCACCACCAAAUCCCGGUUCAAAUGCUCGUCCAAUCAUUUCAAUGCCCGUUUUGGAAACAACAACGCUAGGAUUACCAAUUAAAUCGAUGCAAAAUGGAGAAAUAUCGCCAAUUAGAACAGCACCUACGCCGCCUACUACAAACACAUUGAAAACUGCACCGCCGCCACCUGUUCCUUUACAUGCAGAUCCUAAAUUAAACAUAAAACGUGAUGGCACGAUACGUCGCAUAGCUUCAUUUCUUAAAAAAGAGGAAAAGCAACCAUUAAAAGAAAAAACUUACAUAGAUCGUGAAAAGUUACGUAAUUUAGAAAUUUCAGCACCAAUACCAGUAGCUCCGCAUGGAGAGUCAUCAAAUUCUGAUUCGGAGACCACACCAAAAGAAGAAGAAACAAAAAAUCUUGUCAAGCGGACUCAAUCUAUGCGUUCUCCAACAAAGAAGACAAAUGUUCAAACAUUUGGUUCCAUGCGUCAUCCACCAGGUACAGCGCGCCCUAAGAGUGUGGUUUCAGCUGCAACAGCACGUCCAAAAAGUCCGCCUCCGAGGCCGCCACCACUUAAAAAAACACUGUCAACAACUUCAUCAGGUUAUCAAAUCCCAUUAGGUGUUAACAAGUUAAAAACUGAAAAUACAUAUGACGAUUGUGAAUUUGUCGAAUUACCUCUAAGUAGUGUUAGCGAAACCGGAAAUUCACGCAACUCUACAGACAAUAUAUAUUCUGUUAUCGAUGAGAUACCACCUGCAGCUCAAACAUUAAAGCGCAGUGAUUUGGUAAGUGUAAGCAGUGCUACAAGUGAUAUGGGACUAUUGGGUGAAAUAGUCAACGAAAUCGAAAAACGCAAUGGUGGUGAUUCUAUUUAUUCAGCAUCAACGCUUAAACCUAAAAAUGAAAUAAAAGAUGAGCAGGAACACUGUAGAGCAGAAAACAGAAAAUCUGGUUAUACGAACAUUUCACAAAAUAGCACUACUGGUAAUAAGAGUGAAGCUAUAGAAGCCACAAAAACAAAUGCAACACAGAAUAUGUCCACAUAUUUACGUCCUGCACCAAUAAAUACACCAGUAGCUCGCGUGGCACCAACACGCUCAGAUCUUUCUCCAACAACAGCAUUCUCCAGUUUUAAACCACCUGCAGCCUCUUCAAUUUCAACAGCCUCUUCAAAUCACAUACCGGUUAACAAUCCUCAUCGCGUUCCAUCCACAGCGGUAAGCAGAAACAAAUCCUUUGGAAGAAGCACUACUGUACCUAACACAAAUACACAAAAAACACUGCCUGGCAGUGGUGCCAGCGGUACGACACCACAGCCAUCCGCUACCAUACAAAAACCCAAACUUCUUUCAGCGAAACCGUCGUUCACAAAUCAAAAGAAAACACCAGCAGCUGGAAGCAGUAAUUCUACGAACACAGCUGGAAAUAAACUAUCGGCAACUACACCUCGAACAGGACCAACAGUUAAGUCGGGGAAUAUUGCGUCACUUACACAACGGUUCGAAAAAGGAGGCGGUAGUGGGACAGCCACUGCGCGAAAAUAGUCUUAAGUUUUUAAUUGUUUAAGUAUUAUUUUUAAUUUAUUAUGCACUGAUUUCACGAAAACUUUAGUUGUUAGGUUGUAAAUGUGUAAUUUUAUUUAAUUCUUUAAUUUUAACUUAAGCGAUUUUGAAUUUUAUUUGUAAUUUUGAACCAAACAAAAACGACAAAAACGACAAAAACUUUAUAUAUAUAAUAAACCGAAAGUGAUAUUCAUUCCUUUUGUAUUGGCGUCGAACGAAUAAUUUUGCAACAUUUUGGAGUGCCUAAGCUCAAACCAGCAGUGAUCAACGACGCAGUUUCCUAUGACAUGUUACUGGCCACUCCAAAUAUUUAUCGUAAAAAAAACAUGUGUUUAAUUUAAGUUUAGUUAUACGUUAAGAAAAUCUGAAUUGUAUCUCAAAAUGCAAAAUUACUUUGUUUAAAAACUUUAUUUAGCUUGGGUCAAUUGAUUUAAUUGUUAAUUUAUUUAAAUAUAAAAUUGGCAAUUAAUUAUUUUUUAAUUAUUACAGUCAGUUAAGGCCUAUAUAUUUGAUGUGGAAAAUAACAAAUUGUAUUUCAGUUAAUUUUGUAAAUAUAAACCAAAGACAAAUGCGGAGAAAAUUAGAUAACUAAAAU